AUGUAUUGCUCAUGCUAUCACAAUGGAUAAACUUGUGUAGAUUAAUGUAAAUGCGAGGAUUGUUAGAAUACUGAUGAAUAUCUAAACUAGAGACAUAUGGCUGUUUAAUAUAUUAGAAAAAAAGCACUUAGAAACAAAAAAGUUACAUAAGAGAAGUUAUUUGAAACUAAGGAUAUUUGGGGAUGUAAUUGCAAAAAAACUAGAUGUCAGAAACGAUAUUGCGAAUGUUUUAUAAGAUAACAGACAUGUAUAGUUGAUUGUAAUUUCAAUCAUUGUGAAAAUGGGAAAGAUGAGGAUUUAUUUAAUGAAAUAAGAAGGUAAAAUGAAUAGCCAAAGUAAUUUUAAAAAAAGAGAUCUGAACUGUUGUUUUAUAAAUGA